GGACAAAUGUUCCGAAUGUGUUAAACUGGGUCAAUUUUCCCAGCUGAUCGCUUUCAUUCAUAGUUUUUCAUUCACAAAAUUAGUACAGAAAAUACAAUCGAUUUAUCGACGGAUGCUCUAAUCUUCAGAACAAAAGACUUUCGGAGUAUUCUUCAAUGCAAAUAUAAAUAUUGCAGAGGAUUUUUAUGCAUUCAUCGACAGACUUCAUUUUAGUGGUUGUUUACAAAUCAUUUUGUUUAUUGUCCGCGUGACAAACAGUGAAAACAGUUUACAACAGUCAUGUCGGAUAAAGAAGAGGAGACAGCAGUUGCAGAAAAGAGGGGACGCGGACGUCCUAAAAAACCCAAGUCCGACGAGCCAGAGGAACCCAAAGAAAAGAGACCACGUGGUCGUCCAAAGGGAAGCAUCAAGACCACAAAGACAGACGUACCUAAAGGGCCGACGAGACCGCGUGGUCGACCCAAGGGGAGCUUCAAGAAAACAACUAAAAAGAAAACAGCAACACCAUCAAAGGGCUAUGGAAAACGAGGCCGUCCAAGGAAAGAUUCAAGCAGUCCAACAAAAGCAGAAGAUGGCUCAGGUGAUAAUUAAAGCUUGAUUUGUACAGCAAAGACGUCCACUGAAGGAGAAGAAUAUUACCACUAGUGCAAGUGUAGAUAUUUGUUUCGGCAGAUUGAAACCUAUUACAGAGACAAGUUUUUUUCUGUAAUGCAAUUUUCCUGUUUUUCCUCACAAAUUAGAAUUUAUAAAUGAAAGCAGAAAUAAGUGUUUUUUACUGGUUUACAUUUCAAUUCUAAUUUCAUAUCUAGAAAAGGAAAAUAGUAAGGUGUUUUGUUUUUUCGUCCAAUACAACUUUAAAAAAAAAUUAUAACAGAUUUACUUUUAAUAUUUACAAAUACAUUUUUGCAUUGUAAAAUUAAAAAAAACCCAAAUCAGACAAAUUGCAUAACUGUAAUUACUGUAAAGGAUUACCUCAUACUGUAUGUUCAUGUUUGAUCAUUUUUCACCAUUUGUAUUUCAUUUGAGGCAACAAGCUCGAUAAGUACCAAUAUUGUGUUCAGACGUGUAAUUCACUGCCAUUAUAACAUUUUCAACUGGUGCUUUUAUAUUCCUACGUGUUUAUUCAUUAUCUAAGUUUAUUUUAUAACAGUUUUUACUUGUUGUGCAUUAUUGGGUUUGUUUUAUAUUGAUAACCACAUUAUUAGAAUAUAUAUAGAAAUAAGGAUGCUGUCUGUAAGAUAUUAGGAUACUAGUACUGAAGUGAUGAAUAAUAUUAUUUCAUUGAGUUCUCAUUUAGAAAAAAGAAAUAAUGAGAUCUUCGUUAAAUGUGCUUGAGAUAGCAUUUUAUUAAUUACAAGAAAGAAAAAAAAACAGUUGAAUUUUUUAAUAAAACAAAAUUAAAUCUAUCAUAAUUUAUCAUGUAAAAGUGCGGAUAAAAACGUAAUCAAAUUUAUCACAAAUACGUUCGUGACUAGAUAUUCAGAAUUAAAGCUUUUCUAGUUUAUUAUCAGGCCUGGUGUCACAAAGCACUCAGAAGACACCAUUACCGUAAAUAUGUAUCAAUGAUCACACGUGCAAAAGACUUAUGAUAACAUUCUAAGAGGGACCAAAACAUUACCAUUUUAAGAUGGGUUACGGGGGAUAAUUGUAAGGGAAAGUACUAUUUCAGUCAUAUUCAUGUCAUGAUUUAAUCAGAAGAAGUACAUUCUUCUGUAGUAUAAUUGCUAAGUAAAAAAAAUUACUAUUCAAAACGAAGAAUUUUAUGUUGUAUUUUUUUUAAAUAUGCAAGUUUACAUGGUUACUAUAGAUUUAGACAGGUUUGUCAUUCCAAUCUGGCAUUUUUUAUCAGACCAUUUUAUAUCUUUUUUUUUCGCGAAGUGCUUAUGUAAAUACUACAAUCAUUGAAUAUUAGAAACGUUAAUAAGCAUUAGUUUUUGUAUGUAUGUGUAUAUAUGAUGUGUUAUUAUGUAGGCUUAUGUGUGCGAAUUUGUUUUUGUUAUUUACAAACUGUACAAGUAAUAUACAGUUUUUAUUUGUUAAUUUCUCUUGAAUGAAGUUUGUACUCACCUGAUUGACACAUGUUUAUUUUAGUUACAGAAAAGGAGCAGUCCAGUCAGAUUCAUAGCUACAUAUGGAUCAACAUUGAAAUUUCUUUACAAACAAAAAAUACAAAUUGGAAAAGCUGUAUCCUGCAUUGCAAACCAUUUGGCAGUCAUUACAAGCCCACAAUAUUUCCGAAAACCUUAUCAAAAUGAUAACAUUGUCAGGGAUGAAAUCAUCCAAUCAAUUAUUAAUCGUGUAAACCAUUAUUAUUGCUUAAAGUAUAUGGCAUGUUUUUAUGUUUUUUUUUCAUUAAUCAGUUUUAUAAUCUAUGUUGUCUAUACAUGUCACAAAUAAUAAAAUCUAAUAGAUUUCC